AUGGAGAACAGACAUGACGUGUCAACACUUGAGUCGAAGCCGCAGUCUUUCGUUGCGCGGAGCGAGACGAACCUUACGUCGCGUGCUGGAGUGAACGAAACCCAGCCAUUUAGUAGGCGUGGCACAGAAGCCGGUCAGGAACCGCGCGACCAAAGCUCAGCGGUAAUGCAAGAAGAGCAGGACAGCGAACGCAACUUGCGAAAUGACAUGGAAAAAGUGAAAGAAGAGCCUGGCGUGGACAAUGGCGGCAGCGAGUUGCCUGAGAGCCCAGUGGUGUACACCCCGUCAGUUGAACAGACGGCUGACCAAGGCGCAGAUGUUACGAUUAGUGGGGAAGUGGAGGGUGAAGGAGACGCUGAAGUGGUAGUGGAGAAAGAGGAGGUUGUCUGUGCUGAACUCCACGCUGACAGUGACAAGCAGACACUAAAAAACGAGGUGGAGGAACCCUCAGUGGUCCUCGAAAAAAGCGAAGCAGAGCAGACCGCCGAGACUCAUGGCACAGGACGGGGAGAGACAGCGGCGCAUGUUUCUCAGGCGGAGAGGGAGAGGAGAGAUGAACCUGAAACGAGCGGUUCGGCCACCCCACUCGAUCGUGUUUUUUCUGUUGUCCAACAAGCUGUCCAGUGCAUCGGCCGAAGCUUGGCAAGAGUGACUCACGAAGACUUCCGCACUAGCGCCCAACAGAGCAUGCAGAUGCUUGCAGCUGGAGAUUUAUCGCCUUUGGAGCAAUGCUUCUCGAAUUUGGUUGCUGACUGUUCAGGGAUGAGUGACCAAGUGUUUCCGUGUGCCGCCCAUAGUGCGCCCGAAAGGGAAACCGCAGGCACCCCAAAGCCUCCGCCAAUCCUAAUGAUUGUUAAUACUCCUGCGGGCCCGUACAUCCGCGUGGUGCCGAACGGACUUGUGGAUGAGGCAGUCAAACAGGGGCUGGUCCGUGAGGAUGAUGUUCAGCUUCAGAGGGAGUUUCCUUUUUAUCAGUCGAAGCAAUCUAUGAAUCUCGCGUGA